AUGAAUCCUCCGAGUUGGAAAGAGCUCGCACAAGUCUGCGUGGACGUCCAGCAAAAGUCGAUACCAAAAGCGUAUCUGCUUCCAGACGACCAACUUCCCUCAAAAGACCGUCGGAACGUUCAAAUUGUGCCGUAUGAAGCGGGGACUCUGUCAAUUGAAGAACUGGACAUGACAGAGCAAGAUGCUUCUAGCUUGCGUCUGAAGUAUCAGACAGGCACUAAUUUUGCCACGGAGAUACUUGCCGAGGAGGCCCUGAAAACGGCCGAAGAGCUCGAUGCAUAUUAUCAAAAGACAGGCCAGCUGCGCGGCCAGCUCCAUGGAAUCCCGGUUUCUGUCAAGGAACACAUUGGGAUGGGUGGACAUAUUACCCACGCCGGCUUCGUGUCCAAGAUUGCAAACGUCCCACUUGAAGAUGCACUUUCCAUCCAAAUCUUGAAAAAGGCUGGAGCCGUAAUUCAUGUCCGCACCAAUCAGCCCCAGAGUCUGAUGCACUUGGAUUGCAACAAUAAUAUCACCGGUAUGACACUGAACCCGCACAACCUGUUGUGUUCUCCCGGAGGUUCUUCUGGCGGCGAGGGCGUAUCUGUUGGCGCCAGAUGCUCCGUUAUUGGCGUCGGUACCGACAUUGGCGGCAGCAUUCGUGUUCCGGCAGCAUUCAACGGAUGUUACGGCCUUCGACCUACUGCCCUUCGGGUUCCCAAUCUCGGGAACUUUGGCAUUACUUCUGGACAGGAAAGUAUUCGCGGUGUGGUUGGCCCAUUGGGUCAAAGCGUCGACGACUUGGAACUGUUCAUGAGUACGAUGCUUGAAGCGGAGCCCUGGGACAUUGAGACCAUGUUGGUGCCAGUGCCUUGGAGAGUCGUCAAACCACACCCACCGGUCCUUCGAGCCCUUCGCUCAGCCAUGGGCAAGUUGAAAGAAGCGGGAAUCAACGUCGUGGACUGGAAGGCUCACGACCAUGCGCGUGGUUGGGAUAUAGUGUCAGCUUUGUAUUUCCCUCAAGGGCCGAAGCCAUACCUGGAUACAUUCGCAGAGAGUGGAGAACCAACGCUUGCUCUCACCCAACACGCUUUCAACUUCUCUAAAGCGGAGCCGCUCUCGGUAGCGGAAAACUGGGACUUGAACUAUAAACGAGAGGCAUACAGACGAGAGUAUCACGCUUUGAUGAAGCACCUUGGUGUUGACUUUAUCCUCUGUCCGGCCUAUGCCGGGGCCGGGGUGUUGCAAGGUGGCGCAGAGUACUGGAACUACACUGCAAUCUGGAAUGUGCUUGAUCAGCCUGCGGCCAUCCUGCCCAGCGGACUCAGGGUUGAUAAGUCUAUGGAUAGGCUUGAGGAGGGAUAUAAGCCCCGGAAUCCAGACGACGAGAGAGAAUGGAGAGCUUAUGAUUCGGAGCUACUUGACGGCAUGGCUAUUUGCUUGCAGCUUGUUGGUAAACACUUCCAGGAUGAGGAAGUUCUUCAAGCAGCGAAGCUUGUUGAUCGGGUUCUGAAGAGGUAA